AUGGAAUCUGUAAAGCCAAAAAGAUUCUCUUUUUCUGGAUUUAGCAGCUCAUUAUCUAGGAGCUUUUCUUUUUCUUCCAACGAACAACAAAAGCAAGAUGAGUCUCACAACAAGAGUAGUAAACGGACUCAAAAGUCUAAAAGUUUAUACAUAAAAUCAUUUCGAAAACCCGAAGAGAGAAUAAAGACAAGUUAUGACGCUAAAGAAGCUACUCAGUCAAAUGGAAAAGAGAUCCGCAACAACAUUCGAAGAUCGCUAUCGGCCGUAUUAUACGCAUCUCCUCAGUCCAAAGACAAGACUGGUGAAAAUAGUAACAAGUUGGUGCCUGUAUUAGUAACACCUGAACUAUCUGAAUCAGUAGGCGGAAUCUUGAUCGAUGAUAGUAGCAGUAAAAAACAGCAAGAGGAAAUAAAGACAGAAAGAAAGAAGGCAGUUGAAUAUGACAACACAUUAGAUGUGUUCGUAGAUGAUACAACAAAUGAUACUCUUACAAUUCUAUGGCAAGGAUACUGUUAUACAAUUAAAAUAAGUGAUAAAAACCCUGUAGCUUCAGAGAUAAUUAAGCAAGAUAAUGCGGAGAUGAACGAUAUUGUCAAAGAUUUGAAAGCUAGAUAUGAAAGAGAAUUAUGGUAUACAUAUCAUGGACUUAUACAUCCACUUCAUCUCUUUAAAGAAAAGGAUAACAAUCAAGAAAUCUUAGACACAGGCAAAUGGCAUGGUUUGAGCGUAGGAGAGCUCAAACGAUACUAUGACAAUUAUGGAUCCAUGAUGUUAAAGAUACGUGAAUCAAGGAUGCUAGAGCAGCAACGUCAUUAUUAUUGUCUUAAUGAUGCUAAAAAGGAAUGGAUUAUACCAGAGAUAGUAAAGGAGCCACAGCAUGUUAUAUCCAAAGUUUAG